CCGCCGGCGGGGCAUGCGCAGGCCGCGCCAUUCCCGCCGCCUCCCCCGCUCCCCUAAUCGCGGCGCUGCCGGUCGCAGGGGCACCGCAGCCGCACUCCACUCCGCGCCGAGCACCCCCAACGAACGGCAGCCGCGGCCAGGGCCGGAGUGAGACUGCCUCAAAAUGUCCCUCUAUCCUUCCCUGGAAGAUCUGAAGGUGGACAAAGUUAUUCAGGCUCAGACUGCCUUUUCUUCAAAUCCAGCAAAUCCAGCAAUCUUGUCUGAAGCUCCUACUCCUAUUCCUCAUGAUGGAGGCCUGUACCCCAGACUGUACCCGGAACUUUCUCAGUACAUGGGCCUGAGCCUCAGUGAGGAAGAGGUGCAGAGGAACUUGCCAGUGGCUGCAGCUGCUCAACCACAGGGUCAACUGGUGACACGACCUGCUACUAAUUAUAUGGUGGCUCCAGUGACUGGAAAUGAUGCGGGAAUCCGCCGAGCAGAAAUCAAGCAAGGCAUCCGCGAGGCCAUCUUGUGUAAGGAUCAAGAUGGCAAGAUCGGCCUCCGCCUCAAGUCCGUGGACAAUGGUAUAUUUGUCCAGUUAGUUCAGGCAAACUCUCCAGCAUCCCUCGCUGGUCUGCGGUUUGGGGACCAAGUUCUGCAGAUCAAUGGUGAUAACUGUGCAGGAUGGAGUUCUGAUAAAGCACAUAAAGUUCUGAAACAGGCUUCUGGAGAAAGGAUCUCAAUGAUCAUCCGGGACAGGCCUUUUGAACGAAUUAUUACUAUGCAUAAAGACAGCACAGGGCAUGUUGGUUUCAUAUUCAAGAAUGGAAAAAUAACCUCAAUAGUGAAAGACAGUUCUGCUGCGAGGAAUGGACUGCUGACAGAGCACAACAUCUGUGAAAUUAACGGCCAGAAUGUAAUUGGAUUGAAGGACCCCCAGAUUGCAGACAUCUUGGCAACAGCUGGAAAUGUAGUGACCAUUACUGUCAUGCCUUCCAGUAUCUAUGAGUACAUAAUAAAGAGGAUGGCAACUAGCAUUAUGAAAAGCCUGAUGGAUCACUCCAUUCCUGAAGUCUAAACUUGCAUCAUGUAUAUAUUCUCUAUAACAAUGAUUCCACUAAACUUGGGCAGUUAUACUCAGUGAUUUUUCUUCUGCACCUGAGCCUCCUGGAGGCUGGGAGAAGAUAUGCUGCAUCAGGCAUUUGCAUCUAUAAUGGCUGGGAAUGUUACAGUUCAACAUAUCUUGUUUAUUCACAAACUGUAAAACUUGUAGCCUUAUGCUUGACAAAUGUGAAAUUCCAAUUGUGUUAAAACUUCUUUCCAUAGGUCUCUUUAGUUUACUCCUCUAAGCCCUAGAAACUGAAGGAGCCAGCUUGCACUUGCAAAGCUCUGUGUUGUUACGCAGGACAAGGCUGUGCUUUGUAUGUGUAAGACAAUUGAGCAUUUUUACUGCUUUCUCUUUUCCAGCGUAGAUUUGAAAUGGCAGAUUAGAAAUACGGCUAGUACUAGUUAAUUUUCUUGUUCUAGUACCUACUGUUUACAGGAGCAUGCCAGCUAAGCUCAGGAUAGCUACGGGCAUUGUUCAACAAGUAAGCGUAUGGAAUAGAAGCAGUGUACAGACACUCGCCUCUUUUUAUUCCUUGUUAUACAAAUUGUAACUAAUAUGCUUAUCUUUCGCCUUAACCAUGUUCUUAAGGAUUCAGAAAUAAAUAACCAAAUAAAUGGCUGAAAGUUUA